AUGCUAUGUUUAGUGUGUAAUGAUGAAAUCUACGACAGUGAUGAAAUUAAAUGUAAAAACUGUAAAGACUACUUACACUUCUCAUGUGCUAGUUUUAGAGAAACGGCAUUUAGGAAAUUAACACAUGAAGCCAAACUAAAAUUUUCAUGCGCAAAAUGUAAAGUUAAUGUGGGUCUUACUAGCAAUACUAAAUCUAAAAAUGAAGACGUUUUUGUUGGGUCAAACGAGACUCUGUCGGAUUUGACUAAUUCUGUUAAAUUUAUGAGUGCUAAAUUUGAUGAUUUUAGUAAGCAGCUGAAUGAAGUGCUACAUAAAAUUAAAGAACUUAAAGAAGAGAAUAAUGUGUUAAAGGAAAAUAAUAUUAAGUUGAACUCUGAUAUCUACAAACUAUCCAAGCGACUAAAUCUACUUGAACAGAAAUCAAUCUUAAAUCAUGUUGAGAUAAUUGGUGUACCAGAUUUGAAAAAUGAAAACUGCGAAAAAGUAGUUGAAAAUAUUGCAGCUGUAAUGGGUCAACCAGUGACAGUAAUCAAGGCUUUCAGUAUAAGAUCAAAAAUACCUAAUAAACCGAUGAAGAUCAUAGCUGAACUCUCAUCAACGCAUCAGAAAAAAACCCUCAUGGAGUCCGCAAAAAAGAAAAAAGUAAAGGCAUGUAGUAUUAAUGAAAGCUGGGGAAAUGGAGUUAUUAAAAUAGAUGAUUACACUCUUGAUGUCAAAAAUGAGCCUCUAAAUAUUGCAAAUACAUUUAACAAUUUCUUUAUAAAUAUUGGCAACAAUCUAGCCUGUAAUAUUGAGGAGUCAACAUUUAAGUUCGAGGAGAACAUUACUCCUAUAUCAUUUAACAGUACAUUUAAUGAAAACAUUAAAGAAUCUGAUGUUCGAGUAAUGAUAAAUAAACUUAAAGAUGAUACUGCUGUGGGUUUUGAUGGUAUCUCGAAACUUAAAUUAGCUAUAAUUAAACCAAUAUAUAAAAAUGGGGAUAAAACGUGCAUAAACAAUUAUAGACCAAUUUCCAUGCUUAGCAAUUUUUCGAAAAUUCUAGAGAAAAUCGUUAAAAACAGGCUCAUAACAUUUUUAGAAAAACAUGAACUCCUUUCGAAACAGCAGUUUGGUUUUAGACCCGGUUUGGGAACGGAGAAUGCUUUAUAUAGUGCAACACACUUUAUAAAAAACGCUCUAGACAACAGUAAGAAAGUAAUCGCGAUUUUUCUUGAUUUGUCCAAAGCCUUUGAUACUGUUAAUCAUAAAAAAUUAAUAAAUAUUUUACCUAAUUUUGGUAUCACUGUAACAAGCUUAAUUUGGUUCACAAGCUACUUGGAAAACAGAAAGCAAACUGUUCGUAUUAAUGGUAUUACAGGUGAUGAUCUAUUUAUAAACUGCGGUGUUCCUCAAGGAAGUGUCUUAGGUCCACUCUUAUUUAUUUUGUACAUAAAUCAUAUGUGUAAUUUGGACAUUGAUGGAAGAAUAGUUACAUAUGCAGAUGACACCUGCUUACUCUAUUGUGGAGACUCUUGGAGCGAUGUUAGUACCAAAGCAACUCGAGAAUCCAAAAUUGUUGUGGAAUUUUUAAAACUUAGGAGUCUAUCUAUCAAUUUCAAAAAAACUAUGUUUAUGAACUUUUCGAUAAAUGAUGUUAAAGAUAAUUUUGAUGAACUUACGUUACAUUUCUGUGAUAAUGGAACUUUGUGUAAUGGCACAGUCUGUCAAAAAAUAUUUAGAGUAUCUAGUACCCGAUAUCUAGGUUUAACGUUUGACAAUCACCUUAGAUGGAAUCUUCAUGUGAAUAACAUAGUUAUGCGUCUACGAAGUUUAAAUUACAGUUUUUAUAAGCUACGUAAAAUUAUAUCCGUUCAUGUCAUGCGAAUUGUAUACUUAGCUCUAUAUCAAGCAAUAUUUCAGUAUGGAUUGUUAAUCUGGGGAGGGCUCUCGGAUAACGCUCUAAAACCUUUACUGCUUCAUCAACGACAGAUAGUGCGUGUAUGUUUACAAAAAACAAACUAUGUUGGUUCAACUGGUCUUAAUUUUAAAGAGUUCAAUGUAUUACCAGUUAACUUUGUUUUCAAAAAAAUGGCUAUUAUGUGGGUGAUCAAACACUUAGAUCAAUGGGUAGAAAAAAAUGAAAUUAGUAACAAAAGAGCUUUUCGAUCUUUUGAUGCUAAAACAUCUCUUUGUAAAAAAUCAGUUGGUCAAAAAUUUGUUGAUUAUCUAGUUUUCACUUUACACCUCAAAAAACCAACCAAAAACCAAAAAUGGGCGCUGAAAAAGUAA